AUGAUCUGUUCAAGAGCACCUCACUUCAUUCAACUCGUUGCUGCUUUUGCCUCACUUUCUGUCCCUUCGUUUGGACCUCCCUUCCCAAUCCACCCCCCCACCUGUUCCUUCUUGUCCAGCAACGUGGCAGCUGCAGUCCUCACCACCGCUGCUGCAUCGCUGGGCUACCCCACUCUGAGCCAGUACCUGGACAUUCUCCUGCCGUCUGUGGCCAUGCGGUGGGUUGCAGCAGCCCCCGUGCUUCUGCCUCUGCCUGCCCUCGCACAGGUGGUGGUGGCGUUGGAGCAACCAGUUGCUGCUGGCAGCGGGGUGUGCACGGGGGGGGACACAAGAGGAGGAGCAGGCCGCUGGGCGGUGGGUGACGGAGGGAGGCAGAUGCUGGAAGAGAAGGGCGACGAGGGAGGAGAGGGGGACCAUGAAGCAGGAGCAGACACUGUAGUGGUGGUAACGGCAGGAGUGGGGGGGGAUGCAGGAGCACUUGCAAGGGCGUGGAAGAGGUUGGCUCCGCUGGUGCUGCCUGCGCUGCUGCUGCUGGGGAGGGAGAGGGACGUGCAGUUCCUGGCAGAGGCUCUCCAGACGCCCGUUCCUCGGCUUCUCAAGGAGUCCUUCCCACACGUGGUUGCUGCGCUGCUGCCAUACCGCCAAUCAGAGCUUGACAUGUGGCAGAAGGAGGCUGCGACACGUGUGCUCACAACAGGCCUGCUGGCUGCGGCAGGGUGGAGUGAGGCGGAGAGGGAUCAGCUGCUCACCAAGCACAUGGUGCCCAUCAUCACCAGUCUGCUGAGCCACACAUCCUCCCAGGAUCACCCGGCGCUGCCCUCCUUCCCCACCACCUGCGUCCGUGCCACCAUCUGCAGCCUGGUCGACAGCACUGCUGACUCGCGUGCCACCACCAGCAGCGCACUGCCCUCCACGCCUCCAUCCUUGUCAGACCACCUCAACAUUCUGCGUCCGGCCAAUGUCUUCCCAGUGAGUCGGCAGUUUCUUCUCAUCCUCAUCACAUUAGAGGUUCCUCCUGCACAUGCCCCUAACCGUCUUCUUUCUUCCCCUUCAUUUUCGUUCCUCUCCCUUCCCUCGCCUCUCACUCACCCUUUCUCACCUCUCCUUUUUCCCUUAUGUUAUCCUGCCCUAGUGACCUACUGGUUUCCCGGUGUCUCCUCUAUUAUCUCCUCCACGUCUUCCUGCCAGUUGCUCCUCGCCCUGCACAAGGCGGCUGUAGCGGCCUACAGUCCACGUCAUCGCUGCCACGUCAUCGCUGCGCUGUCAGUGCUGGUUGACGUCUUGGGUGACAGAGUCACUGUGCCGCCCACUUUCAGGUACCUCGUGCACAUUCUACUCGCCUGCCUACCCACCUCCGCGCCCACCUGGCCUCCACCCACCCCACCCAUCGCCUCCUCACAGCUCUCGCUCUCUCAGAGCCCCUCCCCGCCCUCACCAUCACCCUCGACUCCAGCAGCAGUGGCGGCGGCAUGCCUUGACGUGCUGGCGCGGGUGGUGGCUGCAGCACUCAGUGGUGGACGUGGUGGUGCUGCUGGUGCUGCUGCUGCUGGUGGUGGUGGUGGUGCUGGUGGUGCUGCUGGUGCUGAUGGUGCUGGUGGUGGUAGUGGUGGUGGUGCCAAUGGGCGUGGCAGUGGUGGAACGACAGUGCCUGCUGCUUUGUUGGACCAAAGCCAGGUGAGGAGACUGUUGAGCCAGCUUGCCUCUCGGGCCACCAGCCUCUCCCCAGCUGUUCUCGCACAGAGUCUGGAAUCUCUCUGCAGCCACCUCGCCGCCACCAAGCACCUCCUGUGGCGCGACAACACUGCCCCUGCAGCCAGAGGCGUGGAGGGGGCACCAGGCAGCAGCAGCCCUGAGCUGGACGCAGGGAGGCCUGGGGAUGGCGUGCCGCGACCCUCUGCUGAGGCCCUCACUGCCACGUGGCAGCUGCUGCAGGUGUCACGCCAGCUGAGCGAGUCGGACCCCUGCACGAGCUCCAUCCGGGCAUGCCUCAGCAGGCUUCUGGCUGCUCUGGGCAUAUGGGAUGCCUCCGCCGUUUCCUUCAAGCCACCCUUCACAGCAUCAUCAGCAGCAGCGUCAGCGCCCACGGGUGGUGUGACAGUAGUGAAUGCGGAUCCAGCAGGCGAGGGCAUUCACGAGGGAGUGAUUGUAUCGGUGCUCCAGCUGCUGGCCAGCCUCCUGGUGGACCCGGACGUCCAUGCCAUUCAGCUUGCUGCACAAACCAUCGAGGCCAUUCUCAUGACGGAGAGGGGGCAUCGGGUCUUCACUGCCGUGGGCUUUGAGGAGAAGCAAUACCUCGAGGCGCACAUAAAGACGGUCAACACUGCCCGUGCACAGCAGAUCAUCCAGCGCCUCAGAGCCGAGGCAGCAGCCCGCACGCCUCCACUGGACGACCCCGCAGUGUGGCAGGCUGUGGGCGCAUCUCACGAGGAGUGGGUGUGCCGUGUGCUGUCUCUGCUCAUUCUGCACGCGCCAGACGACAUUCUCACUCUGUGCGCACCAUUGUGCCGUGUGAAUGCUUCACUCGCUGCGCUGCUCCUCCCCCACACACUCGCCACCCUCGCUGCCUCGCAUGCUCCCUCCAGUCUCCUCUGCCGCACUAUCUCUUCCCAGCUCACCACUCGUGUGCUGCAGCCAGCGCGCCUGGUAUCACCACGCACAUUGCAGCUCCUAUUAGACUCGCUCAAUGCUCUCAGAGCCUGCCACACCCGCGCUCGCAUGGCCCCUCCCCCCACUGCCACUGCUGCUGCCGCGCGUGCUGUAGGCCUUCGAAAGAGUGCUGCCAAGCCUGUCUGGUUGCAGCUGGACUUGCUUACCCUGGCACAGGCCGCACAGCACUGUGGCGCCACACUCACGGCCAUCCUCUACGCGGAGCUCUGGUGUGAGGCGCGCUUUGGACGCCCCACUCUCGGCGAACCCAGCUUCGAUGAAGACUCCGAUGCGGUGGAGCCGCAUGAGGCGCUGCUGAUGGGGUGCUACAGCACCGUGAACGAGCCCGAUGCCAUCUAUGCGGUUGCCCGCACCAACAAGCUGCCCUCCCGUCUGGCCAUCGACCGCCACGAGGGGCGAUGGGAGAAGGAUGGAGCGCUUGGUCCUGAUAGAACCGACUUUCUCGAGCUUCAGUACGAAGCUGCGUGGAAGAUGGGCAAGUGGGACCUGCCAGCAGUUGAGCUACCCGACUCACACCAGUCAUCACACUACCCGCCCUCCAACUCGCUCACACUCACAGCCCCACCAGGCAGCAACACCACAUCAGCCAUGGCCAUGCCCGGUGGCACAGCUGCUGGCUUCCAUGGCGCUCUCUACAGUGCGCUCAAGGCUCUCCAUGAUGCUGAUUAUGCCUCCUCCAUUGCCGCUGCUGCUGCCGCUCAACAGACCAUUGUGUGCCAGCUGGCGUCCACGUCAGCAGAGAGUGCUCUCCACGUCAACUCCCGCCUCGUCCUCCUUCAGGCCCUGGAGAAUGUGCAAGAGGCAGCAGCUCUCACCCUCGCCAAUGGUGCAGGCCGCUCCACUCACGCAGGGCAGGCACGGCACACAGAGCUGCACACGUGGCAGCGCCAGCUGGCAGCGUGUGGGGGCAGCUUCGAGCUACAGGAGCCGCUGCUGAGCUGUCGGGGGGCGUACCUGCGGGCAAGCGCGCAGCAUGCUGUCCUGCCACUGCACCUGCUGGAGGCUGCCAGCCUAUGCCGCAAGGCGCAUCUGCUGAGCCAGGCAGCAGUGCACGUGCAGCAUCUCAAGGACGCCUGCCGCGCCCUCACAGCCACGGGCCACAUACGCAUCACUGUGCCUUCUCCAUCAGCAACAAGCAGCGGUCCCACAGUGUUGGCAGAGGAGGGAGCGUGGGCGGUGGAGGGGGUGGCGUUCUGUGGGCGGGUGGAGGAGGCGAAGCUGCUGGCGCAGGAGGGGCAGCAGGACAUGGCAGUGCGCCUGCUGCAGCACCUGCUGCGCCACGACCUGCCACCCCACGCCUCCCAGGGAUCUGCUUUGCCUGCUGCUUCCGCUGCUGCUUCUGCUGCAUGUGUGCCGGUGCCGGACCGUGUCUACACGCUUGGUUUGGCGGCCAAGUGGCUUGGGGAGACACGCUCUAUCAGGUUCGGCCGGAUUGGGAGGCUAGAAGCAUAG